UCUUUCGUUUUUCUCGUUUUUCACUAUGAAAUUCACACUUACAUCGCUUGCCUCUGGUAUCCUAAUGGGUGCUGUUGCCUUGACACAAGGCGCGGUCGUGCCUCGUGCUCCAUCCGAUCAACAGAUGUCAUAUCCUAAUGGUACCGAUCUUGGCUCGUUAGCCGGUGUGUGGCACCUUGCUGGAAUUUCACAACCUUUGGAAAAUAUAUACAACAAGGUUCACCGCGCAACCAAUAUUAGUGUUGCCUGUAGUCAAUUCGUAGCUACUAACACCUCUCGCACGACUUUCAAUCUUGGAGGUUCUGCUUGGUUGACUCACGGUGAUGGCACGCAGUCCGACUCUGGUAUAAAUAGUACUUCGGCUGGUUUACUAUUGCUUGUUCCUCCCAACCGCAAUGUCAAUGUAUCAAACCAGGAGUAUGUCUUCCAACUUGUUCUUUCCAAGUGGUUUGUCAACGCAAAGUACUGGAACUAUUUCAACAAUGAAAACAACAACAAUAAUGGUCAGCAACAGCAAGACCAGCAGCAGCAAGAUCAAAAUGGGCAAUCCGAUCAACAGCAGCAAGAUGAUAACGCCGCAGUCGCCAUUCCUGGUGUAACCGAGGUUCAAUCAAACAUCAACACAAAAAUGAUUUCGACGCAAAACGAUAACAACUGGGAUGCCAUGUUCGUGUGGGUGGCUGAAGACGAACUUAAAGAAGCCAAGAACCACCGCAUGCAAAAAAGAUGCCAUCACGGUGAUAACCAUAGCGGCGACCAAAGUGGUAACCAGAGUGGUAACCACGGUGAUAAUGAUACGAACGAUCAUAAUGGCCAUGGUGGCGACAACGAUCAACAUGACAACACACCCAAGUACUUUGCUUUAUUCAGCAAGAACCCAUCGAUGGAUGACCAAACCUUUAAUAACACCGUGCAGAAUUUGCCAUUCAAUGGCACAGUUACAUUGACCAAAUUCCAAAACCAUUGUAACAAUAACUCUUAAAUUUGUAACAUAUUGUAAUUCGUUUUGACGCUCGCAUUUUAAUAAAUAUAUCCGUUUCAC